UUCUUCCUUGCUUUGUGUGCCGCAGCCCGAUGCUCUGAAACUUUCCGGUUCCUUCCUUGCUGUGGGUUUGCGUCACCGGCAGUGACUGCGUCCAGUGGAAAGCAUGGCAAUGGCGGCCGCCCUCCUUUAUACUCACCGAUCACUGCAGGCCAAGAUAUAUGGGCUAGGGCGGGUGCUCCCGAGGACCUGGUCUGACAGGGUUGCUAGUCGUGGUGGAGGGCAAUUUAGGCGGGGGUGGGUCUGCGUGUCAGUAUCGUUGACCUGGCCUCACCGGCGAAAUCCCGCCGCGCCGACUGGGCACGAUAACAAUGUCACUCUGCCGCGGUGUUUCGAGAUGCUGUGUCGCGUGUUGGAGUCGGCCGGACAACACUCGUCCAUGAGCAAAACGUUGCAUGCCGGCAGGCUAGAGCACAGUACAUGCGGACCGGACGUGCUAGUGCACGCUACGGACGCUAUCCUCCUACGCUUGUUCCUCUCCGUCUUCCCCAUAUGUAUCCUACAUCUCGCUAAGAAUUCAUGCCUCAAAGAUCUGCCGACGUACAGAAUUCACCACUCCAUUCGUGCGAAAGAACUCGGGCCAAGAAUGACUCAAUAUGGGAAUAGAAGAGAGCUUCACGCGAAUAGAUUCGGUCGCACACAGAGCCGCGUGCGUCUCGGUUAAGACAAGGCUGUGUGUAACCAGUGCUGGCCUUAGCCCGCGGAUGUUUCAGUGCGAAUGGCGACAUCGUUUAUCGCACAGGAAUGCUCCUAGCUUGAUCGGUGCGGAGAUGCGCGCACGCAAGUUGGAAGGAAAACGCGCAGUCUUCUCACUUGUAUCCCGAAUUUGGAGCGAAGAGGUAUUGCCAAGGGUCUAAGAAUGUUGAGGUGUAGUGGAUGUGCAGAAAUCUGGGGCAAUACGAGCUGCAGUUUCCUUUAGGUAUACGCUCAGUACGAGACACUACAUACCUUUUUCCCUGCAAGUACCUGAGGGCACACAAGCAGACGGGGGUUCCUCAGGUC